GAUUUACUUACAUCGAAGUUUUUUCAAAAUCUGAUAUUAAUAGAGGAAGAAGUAAGUAGAUGAAAGCAGGACAAAUAUAUAGAAUCAAGUAGUUGUAUUUCCACACGACUAUCUAUACUGCUGAUGCUGUACUCUGGAAAGAUGGAGAAACUCCAGCAGCGGGCAAUAGCGAAUUUGCGUGGGGGCGCGACGACCGUCGGUCCGGCACCAACAUGGGUCGGAUGCGACAACUGCCCGAAAUGGCGCUUGCUGUCGCACCGGUGCUUUCUUGUCGCCGAGAAGAUGGACACCUUCUUCUGCAAUUACCUAGUGGAUACGAGCUGCGCCACGCCUGACGACGAGGAGGACGUAAACAAGCAACAGUUGCUGGCCUUUGGCGGCCGCGUGAUGAAGACAAUGUUACGCGAGGAACUUGCACGCCUGCAGGCAGCAGCAAGUGCGCAGCAGAGAGCAGCAGCGGCAGCCUCAAGCAGCGCCUCGAGUUCAACGGGGGAAACGCGAAUGAAGCCAGCACAGCCCUUUUCUUCUGGAAAUUUGAAGCGUCCCGGAGCAAGCAGUGAACAGAUGAAAAAUUCUGGAGGUGCAACUAGUAAUGUCGUGGCAGGUGGGUCGGCAGAGAUCUCAUCGAAAAAGCUUUUUAGCGCAGGGGCAACUAGCAGCGGUAAUCAGCAAGGUACUUCUAGUUCUUCUUCAUCUAGACAAGUUCUUACUGGGCAACUACACGCCACGUCUUCCACCUCUUCGACGAGUGCAUUUCCCGCUCCCGCACUCAAGUACAAACGCGCAGAUGGCGGAAACAAGAGCAAUAUAACCGGUGCAGGUGGAGCAAAGACCAGUACGAGCAACGAGCAGAGUCAAUCUCUCACCCGUGCAGCUCGAAGCGUUACUUUCGCGCCAGCGGACGAAAUUGUCCACGUCCACACGACGACGUCGCCGUCGGCGCGCAUUGUGGCCGGAGGAGAGCUGAAAGCCGCAGAAGAGAGCCUCCGGGAGAAAAAGGAGCGGCAGCGGCACUUGCAAGACAGUCUUGCGGCACUGAGGCGACAAACCUUUCGGCGUUUCGCUCUGUCGAAUUUUUGCAGAGAGGAAAAUCGAGAAGCGAUGCUUUCGGAACGCGGCAGUGUUUCUUCGUCUCCUCUUGCCGAUGAAGAGCGGAGUGGGGCAAAACUGAACGCUGUUGGCUACUCAGACGAGUUUCGCCAGGCACUGCAAACGCUGCUUAAAGCGCGUCCGCGGCAAAGCGCUGUGCAGCACUUUGCGGCACGCCAGGGCGCAGAAACAAUCAAGGCUUUUGGCGCGGAGUUUUCCAAGAUCCAACCCGAGGCGCUGGCAGCCACGACCUCUAACGAUGUGCGAGUGAUGUCGAGGAAUAGCUCACCUGGCUCACUCGUGUCAUUCGGUAGCGUGGUUCCGCCAGACAUGCCUGCUUUCCCGGCAUUUUGCAGGCUCCUAUUCGAUGUGCUGCGAGUGGUAGACGACUUUGCGGGUCACUACUCGUCGAUUCUGGAGUUGCAUUUGGAUCGCAUGAGAGUCCUUUUUCAGAUUCUCUACAGGUCUAGUGCUACGGCAGACGAUAUUGCCACAGCGAAGGCAGUCAUGUUACACAAGAUUCAGGUUGUUUCCGACUUGUUCGAAACUAUGUUGCAUGAGGCCAAUAGCGCCGAAGCCUUCCUCCAAUCAACAUGAACAUCUCAGGAUGCACCGUAUCUAUAAAAUCAUUUCCCGAUUUCCUUAUUUUUCACCCUGAUGUAAGUACAUCGCAGUCCUCUAACUAGAAAUAACUAACGAUUUUACGACUCACUCUAUCAAUCUUUUGCGCCACAGGAGUUUUUUCACCACGUCUUAAUAAGAGUCUUUACUUAUAAUUUCUGUGUUGGAGACGAGAUGAGAGCGUCUGCAGCUGCGAAUCGGUCAAAGUGCGACGCCUGCGUCAGACCUUUUGCUAAAAUUUUUCUCUAGAGUGCUGCAUAG